AUGCUCCUGCCAACAUGGACAAGGGGGCGGGGCAGAGGAGGCGAUUGCAGCCCUAGAGUGUGCUUAAUAAGUCCAUAUCAAAACCAUAAACCCUGCCAUAAAUUCCUCUGGCCUUGGUUCCUCCACCUCAUCAACCCUUUGCCCCAGUUAAUCUCCAAUCUCAGUGCUGGUGGCCAGAGCUUGGUUUCCAUUUCAGUUGCAAAACAUCAGCUUGGGAGACAAACAGCAAAUCCUAUUCUCCCCAUUUUAGAGGUGAUGAAAUCAAGGUUCAGAGAAGUGAAGGCACUUGUCCAAGGCACAUAG